AACAAAAUGGGGGUGGGGACGUGCAAGUUUCAGACUCCGACUAACUACGCGGGGACUCCGAAGCGCUCAGAAAAAUGAAGCCGACCCGGCCCUGCCCCGAGGGACACUCCACGAGGGCGGAGGUGCAGGGAGGGCCCCGCCACAAUUCGCUGUAACGCAAGCCAGGCUCGGGCGGAAGGGCGGCCGGAGCCGAUCAAAGGCUGGCUCCGGGCAGGGGCAGCGAAGGAGCGAGGGUGAGCGCUCCGCAGGCCGGUGUCCCGGAGGAGGCAUAAUUGGAGCAGGGCUUCCGAGGUCACGGAGAGACGCCUGGGAAGACCUCUUAAGGAUCCUCGUCGGGGCUUGAAACGCAGGAGUACUCCCAAACCGCUUGACCCAGCCAAGAAGAGCCGGGGCGGGGCCGGGGCCUGGGGCCGACUCGGGAAUCUCCGGCCGAGGCUCGGCAAUCCCCCCAUCCUCCGUCCGGGGCCUCCAGCCCGGGGCCGAUCCGGAAACAGCCGAGCGGAUCCGGAAACAGCCGAGAGGACCCGGAAGCGGUGCGCUCCGUCACCAGGGAGUGCGGGAAUCCGCCGUUUGCUCUGAGGCAAUGGCGGCAGCUGCGCCGGUGGCCGCGGACAACGACAAGCGGCGGCGGCGGCCGGGGGCUGCACUGGAGGACCCCCAGCCCCAGGAAGGGGCAAAUGGUGAGGCCGAGUCAGGUGAGCUCAGCCGGCUUCGGGCUGAGCUGGCAGGCGCCCUGGCAGAAAUGGAAACCAUGAAGGCUGUGGCAGAGGUGAGCGAGAGCACGAAGGCCGAGGCUGUGGCUGCGGUGCAGCGGCAGUGCCAAGAGGAGGUGGCCUCGCUGCAGGCCAUCCUGAAAGACUCCAUCAGUAGCUAUGAAGCCCAGAUCACCGCCCUGAAGCAGGAGCGACAGCAGCAGCAGCAGCACUGUGAGGAGAAGGAGCGGGAACUGGGCCGCCUGAAGCAGCUGCUGUCCCGGGCCCACCCCCUGGACUCCCUGGAGAAGCAGAUGGAAAAGGCCCACGAGGACUCGGAGAAGCUGCGGGAGAUUGUUCUGCCCAUGGAGAAGGAGAUCGAGGAGCUGAAGGCGAAGCUGCUGAGGGCCGAGGAGCUGAUACAGGAGAUCCAGAGACGUCCCCGGCAUGCCCCUUCCCUGCACGACUCCACGGAGUUGCUGCCCCUGUCCCGGGACCCAUCGCCCCCGCUGGAGCCUCUGGAGGAGCUGAGCGGAGAUGGGGGUCCGGCAGCUGAGGCCUUCGCUCACAACUGCGAUGACAGCGCCUCCAUCUCCUCCUUCUCUCUUGGCGGUGGGGUCGGCAGCAGCUCCUCCCUGCCCCGCAGCCGCCAGGGCCUGAGCCCUGAACAGGAAGAGACGGCCUCGCUGGUGUCUACGGGCACCCUGGUUCCCGAGGGCAUCUACCUGCCCCCUCCUGGCUACCAGCUUGUCCCAGACACCCAGUGGGAGCAGCUGCAGAUGGAGGGCCGACAGCUGCAGAAGGACCUGGAGAGCGUCAGCCGCGAGCGGGACGAGCUCCAAGAGGGCCUGAGACGGAGCAACGAGGACUGUGCCAAGCAGAUGCAGGUGCUCCUGGCCCAGGUCCAGAACUCAGAGCAGCUGCUGCAGACCCUGCAGGGGACUGUGAGCCAGGCCCAGGAGCGGGUACAGCUGCAGAUGGCGGAGCUGGUCACCACCCACAAGUGCCUGCACCACGAGGUAAAGCGGUUGAAUGAGGAAAACCAAGGGCUCCGGGCCGAGCAGCUGCCAUCCUCAGCCCCCCAGGGCCUGCAGCAGGAGCAGGGCGAGGAGGAAUCACUGCCCAGCUCUGUGCCAGAGCUGCAGCAGCUGCUGCGCCGCACGCGGCAGGAGGCGAGGGCCCGGCUGCAGGCCCAGGAACACGGGGCAGAGCGCCUGCGGAUCGAGAUUGUGACGCUGCGGGAGGCUCUGGAGGAGGAGACGGCAGCCAGGGCCAGCCUGGAGGGGCAGCUGAGGGUGCAGCGGGAGGACACAGAGGUGCUGGAGGCCUCCCUGUGCAGCCUGAGGACGGAGAUGGAGCGGGUGCAGCAGGAAGAGAGCAAGGCCCAGCUCCCAGACCUCUCAGAACAGAGGGCCAAGGUGCUGCGGCUGCAGGCAGAGCUGGAGACCAGUGAGCAGGUGCAGAGGGACUUCGUGCGACUGUCCCAGGCCCUCCAGGUGCGCCUGGAGCGGAUCCGCCAGGCAGAGACCCUGGAGCAGGUGCGCAGCAUCAUGGAUGAGGCGCCACUCACGGACAUCAGGGACAUCAAGGACACCUGAGGGGGUCAGGGUGUCCCCACCCCCGCCCUGGGAAAGACGCCUUUCCCCACUCCAGAACCGUGAGGCCUGGCUCUGGGGUCUUGGGUGGCUUCUCCACCGUCCCCGAGCCUGGGGUUGAGGGGACUGAUGGGGCCACCUCUGCCCUACCCUCCAGCGCCUCCUCCCAGGGUGGCUGGGCCUCCUGCUCUCAGGGAUUACACCUGGGUGAGGGGCCCAAGCCCCUCCUGGAACCAAAGGUGCAGGCUCAGGCCUGCGACUUUCUGGCUGCUGUGCUGCCUCCUGGGCUCCAGCCCUCCCCUGCCCCCAGCCUGUCCCCUGCCCAGGGCACAGCCGAGCCAUGGGGGCUGGGAGUCCCUAUCAGAGGCAGUGAGGUGGGCCCUGGCCCUGGGACGGGCAGCUGCCUUCUGGUCUGCAUGACACUAAGACGCUUGUCCACAGCGGCGACCCACGCCUCCAAGCGCGCACAGAAGCAAGGCCAGACUUUUCUGUCAUUUAUUUUCAAUAAAUAAGCAGCUCAGCGCA